AUGAGGGGCAGCCGGUGGACGAGAAGCGAGGAGCGGGCCAAGCGCAACGUGCAGUGGCGCGAGAGCACCCUCUUCUUCGGCCUCUCGCGGCAGACCGGCAGCAACGGGACCGGCGACGAACAGAUCAGCGACGCCGAGUUCGACCACUUCAUCGCCCGCGUCGUCACCCCGCUCUUCCCCGACGGCCUCACCAUCCUCGACGCCCACGGGCAGUACCUCAACCACCACGGGGCGCUGGUGAGGGAGCGGAGCAAGUACGUGCUCAUCUUCCACCCCGACGAGCCGGCCUACCACGAUAAGCUCGAGUACAUCUGGCGCAACUACACCCUCGACUUCCAGCAGGAGUCCAUCCUACUCACCAGCACGAUUGUGGACUUUUGCUUCAACGAUGUGUGCCUGGGCACGCCCAUACCAGACCUGCAGGCCGAGUUCGAAUCGCUGCAGGCCAAGCUCGACCGCACCGCCGCGCAGCUGCAGGCCCUCGAGGACCGGCAGGCCCUGCGGGACGACGGCUCGCGAUGGUGGGGCGUCGGCGUGGUGAUCGGGGCCGGGCUCCUGGGCCUGGUGGGGGUCGCCUCCCUCAUCUUCAACUCGCGCGAGCGCUGGCGCAAUAGCUUCGUCCCGGCUGAACCCAGCUGA